AUGAAUGUCCCGCAUUUCUUAUUUGGAGUUUUUGGAAAUGCCACUGCUUUGUUUCUCUUCUUGGCUCCAACGAUCACGUUCAAGAGGAUCAUAAAAAGCAAGUCCACAGAGCAGUUCUCUGGCAUUCCGUAUGUGAUGACCUUGCUCAACUGCCUCCUUUCGGCCUGGUAUGGACUGCCUUUUGUGUCUAAGAACAAUAUUUUGGUGUCAACGGUAAAUGGAGCUGGUUCGGUUAUUGAAAUCAUUUACGUGUUGAUCUUCAUCAUCUAUGCACCAAAGAAGGAGAAGGCUAAAAUCCUUGGCCUCCUCACGCUUGUGCUCACUAUUUUUGCUGUCGUGGCCUUGGUGUCCCUUGUCGCUCUUCAUGGCAACGCCAGGAAGCUAUUCUGUGGUUGUGCUGCUGCUGUUUUCUCAAUUAUCAUGUAUGGCUCCCCUCUGUCUAUUAUGAGGACAGUGAUAAAAACUAAGAGCGUGGAGUACAUGCCAUUCUUCUUGUCACUGUUUGUUUUCUUAUGUGGUACAUCCUGGUUUGUCUUUGGUCUACUUGGUAGUGACCCUUUUGUUGCUGUCCCAAAUGGAGUUGGCUGUGGUCUUGGGGCAUUACAGCUGAUCUUGUACUUCAUCUACCGCAACAACAAGGGAGAAGCCAAGAAGCCCAUCUCUGCUCAUGCCUUAGAGAUUGGUCCCGGAAAAGUCUACCAAGAGAAGCAAUUGGUUUCCAAUGGAUCCCAUGUUGAACAGGUGUAG